AUGAUGCACCCUUCGCGGCAGGCAUACAUGGAGGAGGCUCCAGACGAGGAUGCAGACAUGGGCGUCGACCUUGCGAAUAUCCCCAUUGACCGGGAUCACGUCAUCCCCUCAGGCGUCGCGGGCGUGCCGUCAGAGAAAGCUUCUGCGAUCCUGAAUCAGAUGUCCCGCAAGCGCCGCGCUGCUGCGAUAGCUGUACCAACAGACGACAACCGUGUACGGACCCGUUUACGCGAGCUCGGGGAGCCCAUUACGCUCUUUGGAGAAGGACCUGCGGAUCGACGAGACCGGCUACGGGAACUCCUGACGGUGCAAGCAGAGGCCGCUGACGGAGCAGAUGGCGAAGGCGACAUUCAGAUGCAGGACGAGGCGCAAGAGGAGGACAAAGGCGAGGCAGAAGAGGAAUUCUACACCGAAGGCAUCGACGAGCUACUCGAGGCGCGGAAAGACAUAGCGCGGUACUCCCUCCCACGAGCACGAGACCGCAUAGCCUUGCAGAAGCAAGAAUCAGCCAUCCCCCUACGCACGCACGUCAAACACCGCAAAGCAAUCAAAGAGCGCCUCGAAGGCUUCGAGCUCUCCGUAACAUUCGACCCGCAAGACCGCGCCGUCAGCAUAGUGCGUUUCGCGCCCAGCGGCAACCUCCUCGCAUCCGGCAACUGGGGCGGCAGCAUCCGCCUCCUCGACGUGGAGAACCUGAACACCAAGACCACGCUCCGCGGGCACAGCGACCGCGUCAGCGGCAUAUCCUGGUACCCCUCCGCCACCCUUCCGUCCUCGCCCGUCUCCCCUUCCUCCCUCAACCUCGCCUCCGGCGGCGGCGAAGGCCAGAUCCACCUCUGGUCCCUGGAGCAAGACACGCCCAUCUCGACGCUCUCAGGCCACACCGACCGCGUGUGCCGCGUCGAGUUCCACCCCUCGGGCCGCUACCUCGCCUCCGCGUCCUACGACACGACAUGGCGCCUUUGGGACGUCGGCACGACGACUGAGCUGCUGCUGCAGGAGGGCCACAGCAAGGAAGUCUACGCAGUGGCGUUCAACCCGGACGGCUCGCUACUUGCGUCCGCGGGGCUGGAUAGUAUUGGCCGUGUCUGGGACCUUAGGACGGGCCGCACGGUCAUGCUGCUCGAUGGACAUCAGAAGCCCAUUUACGGCUUGGAUUGGGGGAGUGAUGGAUAUCGCGUCCUCACCGGCUCCGGGGACGGCUUCGCAAAGUGUUGGGACCUGCGUGCCGUCAGGGAGAUGAGCAAUAUCGGCGCGCAUUCGGGCGGCGUGACGGAUCUGCGGUGGUUCAAGGGGCUUGAUGGGCCGGGCAGCAGUAGCUUCUCACCCCCGAAAGCGGUGAAUGGGGAAGAAGUGCAGCCGAAGAAGGCGGGCACGUUCUUCGUGAGCUGCGGGUUCGACAAGAACGUGAAGAUCUUCUCGGCGGAUGAUUGGGCGAUGUGCAACACGCUGAGUGGGCAUAGUGGGAACGUGCUUAGUUGCGAUGUCAGUGCUGAUGCGAGGUGGAUUGCGAGCUCGGGGCACGAUAAGACGGUUAAGCUGUGGGCGAGGGAUGAGGCUGGGGGUGGGAAGGGGAUUUAUGAUGAGUGA